UACAGGGGAAUUAGAAAAAGAAAAUGCACGGAAACGUAAGAACUAAAAAGAUUAAGAAAAUAUAAACCCAGACAACGAACUAAAAGCCACGUUAUUCAGUAUUUAGUAGCUCUGCAUAAACUGCAGACGGAAACAGGGACGGCUCCAGAAUCACAACUGGAAACAGAGAUAUGAAGUGCAUUUACUCUGGUUUUAUCCAUCCCUGUAACCUCUGCCGAUGCCAUGACCCCAUAAUACGAGUAAAUUACUGCUACUCUCCUACUCGUAUGUUUAACAUAUUGAAUGCAGUUCAACUAAAAAAUUUGAAAAUGCAAUAAGUGAAAAAAAAAUAAUAAUAAUGUGGACCAAAACUCAUAAUCAUUUACCUGAACUGUAGUCAGAAUCCAAAGUUAAAAACACGGGGCACUGUAAAAAGGGAAAAAAACACAUCAUAAAUAGAAGUAAAUCAAUAACAACCAAGCUAUGACUUUACUGUUUUAUCCUUCAAGGGUAAUAACUCUGACCCCUUCGCUGCAGUUAUAAACAGCCAAGCAAUCGAGCAAAGUCUGCACUCUGCAAACUGAAACAAACACAUUCAUAUAGAGUGAGAGAGAGACGCAGAGAAAUGGAGAAGACGAGAGUAAUUUUUGCUGUCACAUUACUCUGCUUAUUAUUACCUGAGCUGAACGUGGUAACCAAUGCUCAAGAUGGUGCAGCAACUGAACCAAUCACCCCUGCUUUGUUCAUCUUUGGUGACUCCUUGAUUGACAAUGGAAACAACAACUACUUGUUCACGGCAGCAAAGGCCAAUUACUUCCCAUAUGGGAUAGACACCGGAGGUCCGUCAGGCCGGUUCAGCAACGGCCUAACUGUUGUAGAUUAUGGAGCGCGGUAUCUGGGAUUGCCAUAUAUACCACCGUUCUUCUCGAUAACAUCAUUCGGCAAGAAUAUCCUUAGAGGGAUCAACUACGCAUCAGCUGCAGCAGGGAUACUUGAUGAGACUGGGAGACAUUAUGGGCAGCGGACAUCCUUGAAUGGGCAGAUAUCACAAUUUCAGGAGACACUUUCGCUGAAAUUGCCACCGCUUUUCCAAAACCAAAAUGAGCUAAGCCAAUAUCUCGCAAAGUCGGUCUUUCUAAUCGACAUUGGAGGCAAUGACUACCUCAACAACUAUCUGCAACCUCAGAGAUAUGACAGCAGUCGUAUCUACGACGGGGAAUCCUACGCUGACCUCCUCAUGAAUACACUUACUUCCCAGAUAACAAGACUAUACAACCUCGGUGCCAGAAAAAUGGUGCUGGUUGGAUCGGGUCCCCUUGGAUGUAUACCUUCUUUCUUAUCUAAGUCAAGGGACAACGGCUGUGUAGAAAGCGUCAAUAAUUUGAUCAUUCCAUUCAAUAGUCGUCUAAUUCAAAUGACAAAUACACUGAACCAAAGCCUUCCAGGUUCUUACUUUGUCUAUCAGAAUAUUUACGAUCUCUUCAGCGACAUGACCCACAAUCCUUCUAAAUAUGGAUUUUCUGAAGCAACCAAAGCCUGCUGCGGGAAUGGAAGAGCGGGAGGGGAAGUUACCUGUCUUCCUUUGCAGCAACCAUGUCCAGACAGAAAUAAGUAUGUCUUCUGGGAUUCUUUCCACCCAACGCAAGCUGUAAAUGCGAUCAUAGCACGCAGAGGCUACAGCCAGUACGCCACUGACUGCAUUCCAAUCAGCAUCUAUCAGUUAGCACAACUAUAAGUUCAUGAAGCUCAAUGUAGUCACUCACUCCUAUAAACCCUCUCUAUCAUAGUAUUAUGUUAGCUUAUUAUUUAAGCAAGGAUUUUGCAUUGCAUUGUUCUCUUAUGUAAUAAAACAUUGAAGGGUAAUGCUAUACAUAGCCCUUAGGGCUAUAUAUAAGCAUUGAAUUUACUCUUGGAAAAUGUAUAAAGUUAGGAAUUCAUGACAAAAACACGCGCAAAUCGGUGUAAUUAGUGUGUUUUUGUCAUGAUUUUCUAAAUUUAAACAAUUUUCAAGAGUAAAUUAAAUGCUUAUAUGUAGCCUUUAGGGCUAUGUAUAGCAUUUUCCAACAUUGAAAGUAGAAAUGACACCAAAGCAAUCAUUACUUAUUUUGUCAUUA